CUUGUGCGGUUCUUGUAGUAACGUGGCAGGCUGUGGAGGGAACGAAUCCCACCCGGCCUGAGGCCCGGAAGUCGGGUCCGAGGGUCUCCGGAGUCGAAUGGGACUGAGGGCUCAUUGAGAGCCUGCACCGGUUCGUAGGCUGAGUUUAGUAGAGUGAAGGACUGCAACCUCAGGACGUUUUUUGACUCGUUUUGGGUCUGGCCAGAUCUUGCCUGAUCCUGGAGGGGUGGCUGAUGGACCCGGACUGACCCUCUCUUUGGCGCUAGUGAACCUCUCAGGUAGUCAUGAGGUUGCACUGCCCUGGGACUGGAUUAAAGUAAGAUUCUCUUGAUUCCUCAGCCUGCUCCAAUCCCCCUCGAAGGCUCAGGAGCUUCUACCAAUAAGGGAGCUCCCUGGCCGUGAUCUAGAAUGUUGAGUCUUUUUGACUUUGUCAUUUACGUUUGGGCAGAUUGCGCAACCUGUAACGCUCCAGAGAGAUUUCACCAGAUUUUACAGCAGUCUGCGCUGAAAAGAGGUUCAGAAAAGAGAAGGGAGCAGUUUCAGUAUCAGCAUCCUUGUAUAAGGAAGGAGAAACUGGAUGGUCUGCAGCAUGAGUUCCACAUAACACUUGAAGAGGGUGCUCUCAAGAAGUUCUAGCUCCAGGUGAUGGAAGACAUAUUUCUUAACUGGCUUGCUCUGAGAACUUAUGCCUGAACCACCUCAGCAUGGCCAGUAGAAGAAGAGGUGGGCAUGGCCAGCCUCCCUCAGUGAUGCCCUCUGAGUUUAGCCCCCGAAGUCUUUCCAACAAUAGGACCUGCAUCCACAGUAUAUGCAUGGUGUCUGACUUUUUCUACCCAAACAUGGGAGGUGUGGAAAGCCACAUUUACCAGCUCUCUCAGUGCCUCAUUGAGAGGGGGCACAAGGUUAUAGUUGUCACCCAUGCUUAUGGAAAUCGAAAGGGCAUCCGUUACCUCACCAAUGGCCUCAAAGUUUAUUAUUUGCCUCUCAGAGUCAUGUACAACCAAUCUACAGCCACAACUCUCUUUCAUAGUCUGCCAUUGCUCAGGUACAUAUUUGUUCGGGAGAGAGUUACCAUAAUUCAUUCCCACAGUUCUUUCUCUGCCAUGGCCCACGAUGCUCUCUUCCACGCCAAGACAAUGGGGCUUCAGACAGUCUUCACGGACCAUUCCCUUUUUGGAUUUGCUGAUGUCAGCUCGGUGCUUACAAACAAGCUUCUAACUGUGUCUCUCUGUGACACAAACCACAUCAUUUGUGUCUCUUACACUAGUAAGGAAAACACUGUACUAAGAGCAGCGUUGAAUCCUGAAAUAGUGUCCGUCAUUCCUAAUGCUGUAGACCCUACUGACUUCACUCCAGAACCAUUUAGGAGACAUGAUAGUUUAAUAACGGUUGUUGUUGUCAGCAGACUUGUUUACAGAAAAGGAACUGAUUUGCUUAGUGGUAUAAUACCUGAACUUUGUCAGAAAUAUCAAGAAUUAAAUUUCCUAAUUGGAGGAGAGGGACCAAAGAGAAUUAUUUUGGAAGAAGUGCGGGAAAGAUACCAACUACAUGACAGGGUGCAACUUUUGGGCGCUUUAGAACACAAGGAUGUUAGAAAUGUCUUAGUUCAAGGACAUAUUUUUCUUAACACCUCCCUCACUGAAGCAUUCUGCAUGGCAAUCGUGGAAGCCGCCAGCUGUGGUCUGCAGGUUGUCAGCACGAAGGUUGGUGGGAUUCCUGAAGUUCUUCCAGAAAAUCUUAUUAUAUUAUGUGAACCUUCAGUCAAGUCUUUGUGUGAAGGCCUGGAAAAGGCUAUUUUCCAAGUGAAGUCAGGGACGUUGCCAGCUCCAGAAAAUAUCCACAAUGUAGUAAAGUCUUUCUACACCUGGCGGAAUGUCGCCGAGAGAACUGAAAAAGUGUAUGAGCGUGUGUCAAAGGAAACUGUGUUGCCAAUGCACAAGAGGUUGAACAGGCUCAUCUCUCAUUGUGGCCCGGUGACAGGCUACAUUUUUGCUUUGCUGGCAGUGGUCAGCUAUCUCUUCCUCCUUUUCCUGCAGUGGAUGACUCCAGACUCUAUUAUUGAUGUUGCGGUAGAUGCUACUGGGCCAAGCAGAGCCUGGACUCGUCAAUGUCCCCAUGAUAGGAAACGUAAUGAGAAUGAUAAGGUAUCCAAAAGCAGGUAGAAGCAAGCCCAAGUCCACAAGUCUAGACACUUGCAAUACUCCUGUUAGCAUUUGAAAAUUACCUUGUUCUUUUGUUUUAGGGUUUCAGAGUUGGUUUAGUAAAUUAUGCUACCUCUAUAUCACUCACUACUUUUGUUUUUUUUUUGAAGAAAGAUAAACACUUAUGCAAUUCCUGAGUGUGGAAACUCCUUGCACUUCUUAAAAAUUUUGGGGAGAAUGGUUUAGCCACUCAGGUAUGACAUUUUUCAGAUUACUGAGAUCCCUCUCGCAGAGAUAUUUUAACAUUAUAUUUUGGGAGCCUUGGGUGCUGAAAGGCCAAAUGUUUCUGGAUCUGUUUUGGCCAGUUUUUAACGUUCUACCAUUAAUUCACAUUUACCAGAUGUUUACAAGCUUUCUUUAGGGAGGUACAACAGUUAUGUGAAGUGUUUUAAUUCAAGUUAAUGUAUCCUUCAUUGGACGUUGAAGUCAUGUUCUUCGAUACUUCCUGGGUCCACUCAAGGGUUACAUGUACUCUGAUUUCUUGAGCAAGACCAUCUGUUGGUUGCCAGCAUGUUCGCACACCUACUACAUAUGAAAGUUGAACUAGAUGCUUGGUGAGACUAAGGACUAGUGAACAUGAAGUGGUAAAACAGCAAACAUGCCAAAAUGCUCACGCUACUGAAUGUCAGAAAAUCAUCACUGGCAUACUCCAAGUACCUCUCUGAACCUGUUUAUGCAUUCUCCUAGGAAGAGCCCUUGUCCGUGUGUGUGUGUGUGUGUGUGUGUGUGUGUGUGUGUGUGCGCGUGCGCGCGCGUGUGUGUGUGUGUGUGUGUGUGUGUGUGUGUGUGUGUGAAGAAAUGUUGCUUUUUGAGUUCUAUGGACCGAUACCACUGUUGACACUAGUGCAGGCCAACUCUCUGCUUUUGUAGUGCCCAAUUUAGUCCCCAUAAACACUUUUGUGGUUUCUGAGCACAACAGAAGAUGUGUGCCAUCUCAAAAGCAGCUGCUACCCUGUCUUCUCUGGAAGCCCCUCCCCAUUUCUAUGGCCUAGCUGAUCUCUGAUGAGUGCUGCCAGUGUAUGGAAAGGUUUUCCUCCAGCGUGGUUUAUUUAUAGAGUAUCAAGUCUGAAAGGUUCAGAGCACGCAGCCUCUUUGUGGGUGGAAUUUCUCAGUUGUAGUCAAAUCAUCCAGAGCCAUGGGUUGUUUAAUCCCAAAUUACCUGUGAUAUGUAUUAUUCAUCCUUUGAACUCUUUUGCAUGAGUUUUUGUGGGAAAAGGAUGGAAAUAACAGCAGCAAGGCACUUGUGGGCGUUCGAUUCUAUCAGUAUUGUGUAUUGUGAUUCUGUACUGGAUUUUUUAAUGGUGACAUUUGCAAGAUUUUUUAAAGAGUAUCUUAACAUGCCUAUUGCCUGGUUGCCACUGAUUUAAAAGAGAUAUAUUUGUGUUUUGUUUAUAUGAAAACAGAAAUGCUAGAGAGUACUUUUUAAAAUACAGAAGCUAGGGUUUCUUUUAUUGGAGAAAAAUGACCUGGUCCCGACUGUUCAGCCUUUGAAACUUAAUGCAUUGAGACAGAUAGCAAACAGUGCCAAUAUUCUGGUAAACUGAGACAUGUGAAACACUUGGCUUUAUUUAUUUUAUACUACCAUUUCUUGUUUUAUGUUUGCUUCUAGUUUUUGCCAAAAUUGUUAUUGAAUGCUUCAGGUGUUCUUUAUUUAAGAUAAAAAUAGAAUUGAGAAUUAAUUUGCUCUUGUGUGUAAAUGUGUAAUAUAUGAAUUAAAAUUAUUUUCUCUAUUUUGAAUAAGUGAAAAUAAACUUAUUUGUAUGACAGAAAUCAUUUUCGUGCUUCCUGGAUACCUUAAUUAUAACUGUCAACGUUGCACUAGUCAGUAUGUGGAAACUCUGUUCCACCCUGCUACCCAUAAUUACUUAAAAGUGAAAUUAACAUGGAUGAGGAAUUUGCUGAAAAGGCACUGUAUUCUUUUGAUGUUACAGUCACACACAUAACACGGGUCUGUUAAAACAUGAUCGUGUCCAAUAAUAAAGACAAGAAUGAUCUUUUA